CGGGGGCGGAGGCGGAGGCGAGGGGGCGGCGGAGCGGCGGCGGAGCGGCGGUGGAGCGGGAGCCGGCGGCGGCGGCGGCGAUGGACGAGUCGUCGCUGCUGGACCUGCUGGAAUGCUCCGUGUGCCUGGAGCGGCUGGACACUACGGCCAAGGUGCUGCCGUGCCAGCACACCUUCUGCCGGCGCUGCCUGGAGAGCAUCGUCAGCUCCCGCCACGAGCUGCGCUGCCCCGAGUGCCGCAUCCUAGUGGGCUGCGGCGUGGACGAGCUGCCCGCCAACAUCCUCCUCGUCCGCCUCUUGGACGGCAUCCGACAGCGGCCCCGCGCCGCCGGGGGCGCCAGCGGCAGCCCCAGCGCCGCGGCCCCCGCGUACCCCCAGCCCGCCGCCGCCCCCAGCGCCGUCGCCGCCGCUGCUGCUUCGGCCGCUGCCAGCCUGCGGGAACUGGCGGCCGCCAGCCGCAGCGCUCUGCUGGGAAAGAGUGUUUCUCAGCUUCCUUAUGGCAAAGCCCUAUACACGUAUGAGGGAAAAGAGCCUGGCGACCUCAAGUUUAACAAAGGGGACAUCAUCAUACUGCGUCGGAAAGUGGAUGAGAACUGGUACCAUGGGGAGCUCAAUGGGAACCAUGGCUUCUUCCCUGCCAGCUACAUCCAGUGUAUCAAGCCACUCCCACAAGCUCCACCUCAGGGCAAAGCACUUUAUGAUUUUGAAAUAAAGGAUAAAGAUCAAGACAAGGAUUGCCUGACCUUCACCAAGGAUGAAAUUUUGACAGUCAUCAGGAGGGUAGAUGACAACUGGGCAGAAGGAAUGCUAGGUGACAAGAUUGGCAUUUUUCCUAUCCUGUAUGUUGAGCUGAAUGAAUCUGCCAAGCAGCUCAUCGAGAUGGACAAGACCUGCUUGGCCGCUGCCUCCGGCUGCGACAUGCCGCUGCCAGUAGAGACAGCAGCCGUGGCGGCCGCAGCGGCAGUGGGUCUGGCACCGUGCUCCACGCUGGCUGCUGCCGGCGCAGCCGGGGCGGCCCAGCGCCAGGUGGAGGGCAAGAAGAAUGCCAAGAAGCGUCACUCCUUCACUGCCCUGAGCAUGACACACAAGUCCUCCCAGGCCGCCAGCAACCGGCACUCCAUGGAGAUCAGCGCCCCCGUUCUCAUCAGCUCCAGCGACCCGCGGGCAGCUGCCAGGAUCGGGGAACUGUCUCACCUCUCCUCCAGUGCCCCGGCCCAGGAUUCUUCUUCAAUUGGAACAACCACAGUGGCUGGUCCCAGGACAAGUGCAAUAAUUGGAGAUCAGGGAACACCGCCGAAGGUUCAGCUCCCUCUCAAUAUCUACCUAGCCCUGUAUGCCUACAAGCCUCAGAAGAACGAUGAGUUGGAGCUGCGCAAAGGCGAGAUGUACCGGGUGACUGAGAAGUGCCAGGACGGCUGGUUCAAGGGGACAUCUCUGAGGAGUGGCAUGUCUGGUGUCUUUCCAGGAAACUAUGUGACACCUGUUUCAAGGGUGCCAGUGGGUGCUGGGCAGCCCAGGAACAGUGGAGCUGGGGGAGUUCCAACAACAAAAGGAGCCCCGGGAACCAUCCACCCCAUUGGGACAGGUCACACCAACACUGCCACGGCUGUCAGACCAGUUGUUCCUAUCACAGCUCCUCAGGCGCAUCCCCAGCUACAGGCAGCCUCUCCACAGCUGAAUAACUGCUUGAGGUACUCAGCCCAGCAGCCAGCCAGCCAGACCCGCAACGCCAUGCAGAUGGCUCACUCCCCGGUGCCAGCCCCGGAGCGUCCCACCGCCACGGUCUCACCCCUGCGGACACCCAGCUCACCCUCCCGCCUGCCAGCAGCAGCCAUCCGGCCUCACCCCUCCGUCUCCCCGCAGCACGGCCACCAGCCGCCCGCCCCGGGGGCCAGGCCCCUCAUCCCGCUCACCUCCGCUGCCGCCGCCAUCACCCCGCCCAAUGUCAGCGCAGCCCAUCUCAACGGUGAGGUGGUUGGUGGGCCCCUGGGCGGCCCUGUUAUCCCUGGUCCUGCCAGCAAGGCCGAGGAGAGGAAGAAUGAGAAGAAGGAGAAGAAGAGCGGGCUACUGAAACUUCUAGCAGGAGCAUCAACAAAGAAGAAGUCACGUUCUCCACCGUCUGUGUCCCCCACGCACGACCCCCAAGCAGCCAUUGAAGGAGUCCUGCAAGGGGCAGUGGGACCUGAGCUAUCCUCCCUCUCCAGCCAUGGCAGGGCCGGCUCAUGUCCUAUUGAGAGUGAAAUGCAAGGAGCCAUGGGGCUGGAGCCUCUGCACAGGAAAACAGGCUCCUUGGAUUUGAAUUUCUCCAUCCCUUCGCCUGCCAGGCAGCCCCUCUCUUCCAUGGCAGCUAUUCGGCCAGAGCCCAAGCCAUUGCCUCGGGAAAGGUACCGUGUUGUGGUCCCAUACCCACCGCAGAGCGAGGCUGAGAUUGAACUGAAGGAAGGUGACAUUGUGUUUGUGCACAAGAAGCGGGAGGACGGCUGGUACAAAGGGACGUUGCAGAGGAACGGCAGGACGGGCCUCUUUCCUGGGAGCUUUGUUGAGAGCUUCUGAGGACGGCUUGCCACUCCCUCAGCUGAAGGAGCUUUCAGGGGAAACUGCAUAGCACAAAAAGAGACAGACAAAGAGAAACUGGACUGAUAACCACUGCCAUUUUUACUUCCAAAGACUCCCCCCAGGCCCUUCAGUCUACAGCUCUGGAGAUACGGUGCCUCGCUGUGCUCCCGAGACCCCGUGCAGUGCAUACAGUGGUAUGUUGAAGUAGUGCCUUCCACCUGGAAUCACAGACUGAAAGGACACCCAUCUGGACUGUAUGUGACCUGAACUCUGGCUGUUAACCCUUUGUGUAAAUUAUAGAGAAGAUAUCUUUAAAAAAAAAGAAAAAAGAAAAAAAAAAAGAUUAAGAGGAAAGUUGUUAUAUUGCUGUAACUUAUUUGUCAGAGCUGCAGUGUUCUUAUUACUGGCCUAUGCAAGCUGGAUCUGAGUGUUCAAGGAGGUGUGCUAGGAAGCUCUUAAACUGGGAUUUCAUUUUGUCCCGAGGGGAAAAAGGAGGAGGAGAGGGUGGAGAAAACCCCAGCUAAAGAUUGACACAUCAUUGUGCAAGAAAGAACGAGGAAUCCAAACCGUUAACGUCAUGCUUUCUAUAUACCUCAAAGAUAUGCUGCGCAAGUUUGUCAGUGAGUGUGUUAGUGCUCAGAGUCUCAAACAUCUGGUGUCCUGGCACUGCCGCCGGGGGGGUGGGCUGGAGAAAGCACGGCUCCACCUUGAAACUGUGGUUAUUGGAGCAGAAUCUCUUUUUGCCUGUCUUCUGCCCUUAGUAUAUGCAGCAUGGAUUCUUUUGUCCUUCGGUAUCCCUUCCUGUUGCUUUUUUGUAUGACGUACCUUUUUACUGUAAAAAUUGCUCUACUUUAUAUAUCUAUUCCUACUAGAUCAGACAUUUCCUCUUUUUCAUACAUCUGGUGCUAGUUUUUUUAAUUGCUAAAAGAUUUGGUUUGGCUAAACAAGAGAGGCUGCAACAAGAUUUGCACUUAACAUAAGACAUUAGAAAACUUACCUGAAGAUCGAGAUCAGACUGCUUGGUCUUGCUUUGUAGAGGCAAAGAGAAAAAGCCACUCAGCUGACGACAUACACACCUGGAGGAGCACACCUGUGUAACACACAUGCACCCACUCUCUCCUGCCUGUUUAGAGUGGCUGAGACCCAUGCUGAAACACACCAUUCUGUCUAGAGAGUGAUAAUUGGAAAGUAAUUCCCAGGGGAGUCAUUUAAAUUGAUUUUUUUUCUUUUUUCGUGGCAAUAAGAAGAACACUGCAGGUUCUAGCACGUGCAGGGACCGUGGCGUUUUCCUCUGUCAUUGCAUCACAGAGACAAGAGCUGAUCUGCAAUGGCUGUGUUUGGUAUUACUGAAAUGUGAUUUAUUGCAGUAGAAGUGUACCGUUCUGGAGACUGUUUGAUUUCUUAACGUGGGCAAGCUACAAUACAAACCGCAUCAGGCAAUAUAAGCUUCCGUCUACUGGGGCCUUCAAGGUGCAAUAAAUGUGAGUUUAGCCAGUUAUUUGUGUGAGGCAGAAUGAGAGGAAAAUCCAUAAUGCGAUUGUGAGGGUAUUUAAAAGGACGUUGGCUCUUGAGGAAUGAAAUGUGAUGAAAGGCUUUUCAUAGCUGCAUCUGUACCUUGCCUUCGCCGGCAGCUGGCUCUUUGCCAAAGUCUACAUGUGGUGGUCGUUUAAAAGCACGUUGGAGGCACUGUAACCUGGAGAUGAUCUUAUUAAAAGGAAGAGGCCCAGUGGGUGAACAUCGUUACUGCAUCACCAGUAUUUCGUUCGCAAAGCACAAGGAGUUUUGUUUUCAUUCGAGCCGUGUGCACUAGUACAUAGCAAAACCCAUGUAAGUAUGCGUGCUGGUUUACGUUCAGCUCUGUGACUUUGUUCUCUGUAAACUAAGGUUUUUCUUGCUGUCACAUGUACAAACCAAUCCCAGAAACACAGUCCAUGGCCAAGUAUAGCACCUUCAAACAGGGAGGCAUCGUUUUCAGGGUAUUUCUUUUUAUACUUAAUGUUGCCGCAUUUGUUCAUAUUCCAGACUGUAGUGAGUCAGUCUACUAAAAGUUUAGUUACUGUUGAGAGGAAAUUGCCUUUUUGUAACAAAUAAGAGACUGAAAAAACCUCUCCUGGAAAGACUUGCUUGAGACUAGAGCCAUAUCUGUUCCACUUAUUUGGUUCAGAUCAGAAUUGGUAUUGCUUCACCUCAGAUUUCAGGCUGCACAGUCACCAAUGCCAAAAUGUGUGUUAUCAAUUCCAAUAAAAACCCUGGGUUAGAUCUGUCAGGAAUGAAGAGAUUUUUUUUUCCCUGACAGCUUACAGUGGUUAAAACUCUCUUAAAAUUCUGUUCUGUGGGUGCAUUUAUUACCCUCAGAAAAUUGAAGCAGGAUGAUAUCUUGUUCGCUUGCUGCCUGUUGUGUUUAGCCAGAUCUCAAAUGGUUCCAGAUUUCUACUUUUUCAUGUUUAACUCUAACAGGACAAAAUUUGGUGUGUGAGAAAAUGAUGAAAAAUGUGCAGAUGUUGUGUCAUGAAAUCAGUUCCUUGAAAUCUAUUUUGCAGGGAGAAAGGCAGGUUUUCUUAAUGGACAGCAACCCUUCCAGUCAUGCCUCCUGCAAGGAAAAAUACUUGGGGUAGGACAGGGGUGUGUUUCUGUUCUGAUAACAGUUGGCUUUGGCCCUUGUUUAUUGCUUAUCAUCACAGUUUGGGUUACUGAGUAAACAUCUUGGACAAAUCACUUCCAUACCAGGAGCACAAGAGUAGAACUAAAUGAUAGGAAAAUGUGACCCAGUGCCAUUCAGAAACUCCUGGCCCAGGAGAAAUUCAACUUGCACUGUGGUCCAAUUUUUACCUAUCAUACCCAGGAAAGGGGGACGAGGGAGCAUCUGCACCUCCUACAACGGGGCAGGGGUGGGGAAGAAAAGAGCCCUUCAGGUGGCCUCAGUUUGUAGAAUGCCAGGUUUGCUCUUCUAGAAAUGGGUUCAAGUAAUUGAACAAUUCCUUUGAACUUUGCACAGCUCAGAAGAUGUUUUUGUUAUACAUGAAUGUUAACAUGGUUUAGAAAAUGUUGGCAGAUAUGAGUACAAAUGAAUUACAAUGACUGUGUUUCUGACUCUUUAAAUAAAAUAAACAUUAAUGCAA